CGCUUCCCAAACCCACCGCGGCAACCUACGGUGGGCGCCCGAACCUCCCUCCAUUGGAUGGAGACCGCCGACGUCGUUGCGGAGGAGCUCCUCUACGUCGAAGCUGAGCUCCAGGACGUUCAAGACCAGAUUAAAGCAUUACUUGAUCGCCAAGAGGGUUUGCACAAGAGACAAUCUGAGCUGAAGGCCUUGUUGGAAGAAUGUGAAACAUCAAAAAGUACAGCACAAGUUGAUAGUUCUGUUGCCACAGAUGAUUGGUCUGCAGAUUUUGAAUGGGACUCUAGAGCUGAGGACAUUCGAUUCAAUGUCUUUAGUAUCUCUUCUUAUCGAGCAAAUCAGCGAGAAAUUAUUAAUGCUGUCAUGAGUCGGAGAGAUGUUUUGGUUAUAAUGGCUGCAGGCGGUGGCAAGAGCCUCUGUUACCAACUUCCAGCUUUACUCUGUGAUGGGGUUGCCCUAGUUGUCAGUCCGCUGCUUUCGCUUAUCCAAGAUCAGGUUAUGGGACUGACAACACUAGGGAUUCCUGCAUACAUGCUAACGUCAACGGCUAGCAAGGAACAUGAGAAACUUAUUUACAAAUCCCUUGAAAAGGGAGAAGGAGAACUUAAAGUAUUAUAUGUGACACCUGAAAAAAUUUCAAAGAGCAAGAGAUUUAUGUCUAAGCUUGAAAAGUGCCACCAUGGUGGACGUCUUUCACUUAUAGCAAUUGAUGAGGCACAUUGCUGUAGUCAAUGGGGCCAUGAUUUUCGGCCUGAUUACAAGAAUCUUGGAAUCUUGAAAAUUCAAUUUCCCACUGUUCCUUUAAUUGCUUUAACUGCAACUGCUACUUAUAAGGUUCAAGUAGAUCUGAUGGAGAUGCUGCAUAUUCCCAAAUGUGUCAAGUUUGUCAGUACCAUAAACAGACCUAAUCUCUUCUACAAGGUACAUGAGAAGUCAUCAGUUGGGAAGGUGGUCAUUGAUGAAAUUGCAGAUUUUAUACGAGGUUCAUAUUCUAAGAAUGAGUCUGGGAUAAUCUAUUGCUUCUCCAGGAAGGAAUGCGAGCAGGUUGCAAAGGAACUGAGGGGACGUGGAAUUUCAGCAGAUCAUUACCAUGCUGACAUGGAUGUAAUUGCUCGUGAGAAAGUUCAUCUGCUCUGGAGUAAAAACAAACUACAGGUUAUUGUUGGCACGGUAGCUUUUGGAAUGGGCAUCAAUAAGCCAGAUGUCAGGUUUGUUAUUCAUCAUAGCCUCAGUAAAUCAAUGGAGACAUACUAUCAGGAGAGUGGUCGAGCUGGGAGGGAUGGACUUCCUUCAGAAUGUGUUUUAUAUUAUCGACCAGGCGAUGUUCCUCGUCAGAGUACGAUGGUCUUUUAUGAGAAUGCUGGCUUGCAGAAUCUCUAUGAUAUCGUACGAUAUUGUCAGUCUAAAAGAAACUGCCGCCGAGGAGCUUUCUUUCAGCAUUUUGGGGAACCUAUACAGAACUGCAAUGGGAUGUGUGAUAAUUGUGCAUAUGAAGCUGAAGUUAAGGAGCUAGAUGCAACCUAUCAUGCUAAAGUGAUUGUUUCAUUGUUACAUGAAAUACAAGAAAAUGACCAAAGAGCAACAAUGUUGCAACUGGUGGAGAGAUUUAAAGUGAAAAUCAAAGAAUUGGGUGACUCCAUUCAGCCAGUUUCUGAUCUCAAGAAGGAAGAACUUGAGCAGUUAAUAGUUCAGCUUCUACUAGAACAUGUCUUGAAAGAAGAAUUUCAGCACACAGCAUAUACAACAAACUCAUAUAUCGCAUUAGGAUCGUUGUCGAAGUUGGUAUUGCAAGGGAAGAAAUCUGUUAUGCUUGAGAUUUGUACUAGGCGGCAUGAAGAUGGCAUGCCAAAAAGUGCUAAGCGCGGCCGAAUGUCUGGAUUGGAAAUCAAGCUUGAUGAGCUACGCAAGGAGCUGUCCUCAAGUAACGAGGGAAUGCUGCCUCAUGCUAUUCUAUCCACUCAGCAAAUCAGCAUUCUGAGCACCCAAAAACCAACAUCCAUAACACACCUACAAAAGCUGAUUGGGAAAGUCAAGACGGAAAAGUAUGGGAAGAGAAUUAUUGAGCUGAUCGAGCAUUAUCUGAAAUCCGAGCAAGUUGAUGAUGAUGUGCCCGGUGCAGCUAGCGGCAGUAAAACACAAGGCAAUAAGAAGCAAAAGAAGAAACAUACGGUUCUGAUUGAAAGCAGUGAAGAGGAACAAUGAUAUGAAAAGGACGUUGAAGCACAUUAUUACUUAUCUAUCUUGCAUUUUGGAAAGUAAUCUUACAUAUUUGACUCGGGGAGGGUCGAGUAAAGACGCAUCAAGGAUUCUGCUUAUGAUCCACAGCUCUUAGCCGGUCAAAGAACAACCGGAUGAUGUGCUUUAAUAGUUGUGAUAGUCCUACUCGUAUUUAUUCGAGUUACACUUUUGUUAGACUAUUCUUUUUCUGAUUACUAGUAAUCGUAACAAUUUUUGUUUGACAUGUUCAACCUUUGGCGUCAGUAGUAUUACUAGGAGCUAAAUUUUCCUCAUUAAGUGUAUAAAUUUGCCUCUUGAAAUUUGUGUAAUUAAAGCCCCUUAAACUGUACGUUCAA